UGUGUUUGGGGUUUGUCGGUGUGAAGCAGCAGCUCAGAGAGGAGUCAGUCUGCUGCUGGAUGGAGGAGGUCUGCUGGAGGGAGGGCAGCUCUCAGGAUAAAUGCGCUCUUUCAUUUCAAAGGGAGAGAAUUCCGUUAUACUGGAGCCGCAUAUUUACAUCGACAGAGACGCAGAGGAGGAACAAACAACAGGAGGGUUUUCUUUUUUUGUCACUUCAGGAGAAGAGGACAUGAUCGUGGAUGCGAAGUUAUCAGAGGAACCUCAAACUUUGCGCUUGAUGAACGGAGCCCGCGUCCACAGGAGAGUUUGAGCUCCAGGGACGCGCUCAGGAGUCCGGAGGGAGAAAGGCGCGCUGCUGAUGGACUGUUGGUGAAGGUGUUCCACAUUAGUGAUGCUUUAGUGACCCUGAACUGCGGCCUCUUGUUGGAUGAGACAGGUGCACCGAUUUUCACGCUCCAAACCACGGGUCACUGAGGUGUCAAUUAAGAUUUCGCCUUGAUCCUCAUCCACACGGACCACGUUCCCUCCGUGGUGUCACUCAUUUACUCCUCCGGGGACUUGAACGAGCGCAAAAACAAGAUUCCUCCUGUUGACUGGAAUUAUUCAAUCUUAAUUUAUAACAACGAGCUUCUCUGGUUACUCCUGAAGGGAGCUUUACGCACGUAUACGCGCAGCAGACAUGCCACUGCAGCACCGUUUCACUGGAUUUUACGCAUCUCUGGGGGAAAGAGAGAGUUGAAAAAGUGUGCGCGUGUGUGAAUGAGUGUGUGUGGCUGUGAGUGGGUGUAUGUGCGUGUGCAGGUAGAGGCCAAUGUACUGCAUCUCUAGCUCAGGGGAAACAACAUUGUGAACAGAGAAAAAAGAGAAAAGUAAAAGAGAGAGACUUGUUUUAAAACCUGUUUCACAAAUGGAGCUGCGUAAAUACCUGAUGUGCCUGGAGUUCAUCCUCCUCCUUAAAGAGUUUUGUCAGUGUUUCAACAUAGAUGUAAAGAAUCCGCGCAUCUUCACCGGUCCAGAGGACGCUCUGUUCGGCUUCUCUGUUUUACAGCAUGAGUCGAAUGGAGAGAAAUCAAUGCUGGUUGGCGCUCCCUGGGACGGGCCGCCCAACAACAGGAAAGGAGACGUGUAUAAAUGCAUCGUGGGGGACGAGAAGAACUCAAACUGCAGCAAAGUGAAUCUAGGUGAGAUUGCUCUCCAGAACGUCUCUAAAAACCUGAGGAACUCUCACCUGGGAAUGACCCUCACUCCAGACUCACCUGACGGCUUCCUGGCAUGUGCACCACUGUGGUCGCAGGAGUGUGGUACGUCUAUGUUCAGCACUGGCAUCUGUGCCUCGGUCAGCGAUGACCUAGUACCAAGAGAGACCAUCGCUCCAACAGCACAAAGGUGCUCCACAUACAUGGACAUUGUGAUCGUGCUGGACGGCUCCAACAGUAUCUAUCCCUGGUACGAGGUCCAGAACUUCCUCAGCAACAUCCUCAGCAAAUUCCACAUCAGCUCAGACCAGAUGCAGGUCGGUAUACUGCAGUAUGGCGAGGUAGCAGUCCACGAGUGGUCUCUGAAGGACUACCAGACCACACAUGAAGUGGUGGAGGCUGCCAAGAACAUCAGCCGACAGGAGGGACGAGAGACGCGCACGGCAUACGCCAUCCACAUGGCCUGCACAGAGGCGUUCAGUUUGGAACGUGGUUCGAGGGAUGGAGCCACCAAGGUGAUGAUCGUAGUGACGGACGGAGAGUCGCAUGACGGAGAGGAGCUACCAGAAGCUCUGGAGGAGUGCGAGAAGAGAAACAUCACAAGAUACGCCAUCGCUGUUUUGGGUCAUUAUAUCCGCCGGCAGCAGGACCCUGAGACGUUCAUUAACGAGAUCAAGUACAUCGCCAGCGACCCUGAUGACAAAUUCUUUUUCAACGUGACAGAUGAAGCAGCGCUCAAUGACAUUGUGGACGCUCUGGGAGACCGAAUCUUCACCCUGGAAGGGACACUGGGCUACAACGAGAGCUCGUUCCACAUGGAGAUGUCUCAGAUCGGCUUCUCCACACACACACUGGAUGAUGGCAUUUUGUUUGGGAUGGUCGGCGCCUAUGAUUGGGACGGUGGCGUGUUGAAGGAGGGGAUCAACGGACGCAUCAUCCCGCCCAGAGAGGCCUUCGAGAGCGAGUUUCCGCUGGAGCUGAAGAAUCAUGCUGCUUAUUUAGGUUACACGGUGUCAUCUGUGAUAGUUGGAGACUGGAGGAGGCUGUAUGUAGCUGGAGCUCCUCGCUUCAAACACAAAGGCAAAGUCAUCCUGUUUGAGCUCAGUGACGACGGCGACGUCAACAUCGUACAGGCCCUCAAUGGAGAACAGAUUGGGUCUUACUAUGGCAGUGAGGUGUGUGGGAUGGAUAUCGACCAGGACGGCAUCACUGACAUCCUCCUGGUUGCUGCUCCGAUGUACCUCGGCUCAGGAAACAAGGAGGCUGGGAAGGUCUACAUCUACAGCCUCAGUGGGGAGGAGGCGUUUGUAUCUAACGGGACUCUGAAGUCAGAGGAGAAGUCCCAGGACGCCAGGUUUGGUUAUGCACUGGCGUCCGCCCCUGACCUCAACCACGACGGCUUCACUGACCUGCUGGUGGGAGCCCCACUGGAGGACGAGCACAGGGGGGCCAUCUAUGUCUACCAUGGAGAUGGCAUUUACAUCAACCACAAUUAUAAACAGCGUAUCGCAGGGUCAUCGCUCUCCUCCUCCAUGCGGUACUUUGGCCGCAGUGUGAGUGCUCGGUUGGACUUGGAUGGAGAUGAGCUAAUAGACUUGGCAGUGGGAGCACUGGGCAGUGCUGUGCUGCUCAGCUCUCGCAGCAUAGUCCAGAUCAACGUGAGUCUGUCCUUCCAGCCGCACUCCAUCAACGUCAUUCAGAAGACCUGCCAGAGAGGUGGCAGAGAGUCAGCCUGUCUGGAUGCGACUGCCUGCUUCACAGCCGUCUCCCGCUCCCCUGGACCACACAGCAACAGCUUUGACCUGUGGGUGUCAGCGAUGUUGGAUGACAGGAAGUUGUCUGCACGGGCCCUGUUUGACGACAGCUCCCAAAGACAGACCCAGAUGGUUGUCCGAGUCCAAACGGGACAAACUCUCUGCUACAACCUGCCCUUUCAUGUUUAUGACACAGCAGAUUACAUCCGUCCAAUCAGCUUCUCGCUGCGGUUUAAGAUCAACGACACGGAGAGUGGUCCGGUGUUGGAUGAGGGCUGGCCAACCACUGUUAAGAAAUUUAUCGCGUUCUUCAAAGACUGCGGUGAGGAUGACGUGUGUACCACAGACCUGGUGCUGCAGGCUCAUAUGGACAUCUCUGGGACGAGACAGAAGCCUUAUGUGAUUCGCAGCCCUCGUAGGCGUCUGGCGGUGGAGGUGCAGCUCCAGAACAGACUUGAAAACGCCUACAACACCAGCCUGACGCUGCACUACUCACGCAACCUGCACUUCUCCAGCCUCAGCAUUCGGGAGGAUGCCCACUUUAAGAUUGAGUGCACAGCGCUCGGUGCCAACAGCCACUCGUGUAACGUCAGCUAUCCAGUGUUUCGCUCCCAGUCAAAGGUGAACUUCAUGCUGGAGUUUGAGUUCAGUUGCACGUCUCUGCACAGUCGAGUCCAGAUGAAGCUCCAUGCUGCCAGUGACAGUGUGGAGAGGGAGGAUACGCUGGGGGACAACAGUGUUCAGCUGCAGAGUUUUGUUCAGUAUGAACCGGACCUGUUUGUCAGCAGUGACUCUAAUUUGAACCGAUACGAGGUUCACCCCACGCGGACAGUGUCAGAGGCGAUUGGACCAGAGUUCUAUACACACCUCAGGCUGCAGAACCUCGGCUGCUACUCUGUGAGUAAUCUGGUGUUGAGGCUGCAUCUGCCCUCUGUGGCUGCAGGAGACAGAGUGUUCAUGACUGUCACUGAGGUCUUCUCCUACAACGCUACAGGAGUGAACUGCAGCGUGCUGAGUGAUCUGGCCCAGCUCAAAGACAGACACAGAGAUGUGCGCCCCCUACAUCCAGAAGACAUGAUGCAGAACGACAUACUGAACUGCAGCAGGUCGUGGUGCACGGAGGUUGUGUGUGAAGUGCAGCAGCUCCUGAGAGGGCAGACUGCCCUCAUUCGUGUCAGCCGCAGAGUCCAUGAUGACUUCUUCAGAAAAGCCAAAUAUAAGUCAGUGAGGAUAAUGGGUGCCUAUCGCCUGGCAGCUCAGGAGACUAACCUCAUCACUCUGGACACAGGAACAGACUGGAGGGAGACUGUACUGGAGGUGCUGAAGGGCAGAGCUAUUCCAAUCUCACUCUGGAUUCUGAUCGGCAGCAUCAUCGGAGGGUUGCUGCUACUGGCCCUCAUCAUUUUCGUACUGUGGAAGCUGGGGUUCUUCACACGCAAACACAGAGCAGAGGAUGAGAACCAUGAGGACUGAGCCCAUCGUCUGCUGCCAUGACAACGGUAAUUUGCCAUGACAACUACCACAUGAGCCGAGUCCAGAGAUUGGACUGGAUUGGCGACAAAGAUGCAACUGGGACCUUCAGGACCAAAGAGAGCAUCACGGGGGUCAAACAGAAAUGCACUACCCACUAUUUCCAGCAUCGGGAGCACUUGUGUAAAUAAUCUUUUUUUAUUGUAUGGAACGCCAGUGUGUAUUAAACCACAAUACUUCUAUUUAAUAUACAGAAAUCUUCAUGGUUUUACAGUCACUUUGUCGUAUGUUUGUCCUUCAAGUUUUGUGUUUGUUCUUUAAUGAAAUUAAAAGUGUUGAAAAGUU